AUGGUGCAGAAAAAAAACGACAAAUCGACGUUGGGUAGAGCAGAAUUGGGUGAAAUCGACAAGAUUUUUGCCACUGCGUCGCCUGCGAGAGUGAUGGUUACAUGUGCUCACCAUGUAUGGAUGGCACUCGAGAACGGGGUAGAGGUACGCAAUGCGCGUACAGCUGAACUUGUGCAUGGAUGGACCACAGAAUCGUCAAGAGAUCGUUCCGUUACUGGAAUAUGGUCGCUGCUUGCCGUACGAACACAGAGCAAGGAGCCGCAGGUUUGGAUGGGUCUUUCGAACGGCAGUGUUGAAGUGUAUGACGCUCGGUCCUUCGUCAUGGUGCAGCAGCUGAACAAGCAUGCUGGCGGAGUAUACUGCCUUGCCGAGUUCGGUGGCUACGUGUACUCUGGGAGCAGUGACUUUAAAAUUGCGCAGUGGGGCGCGGACGACGGGCGACUUAUUCGAAUGUUACACGGGCACACCAACUACGUUCGCUGCCUGUACGCGGAGGGGAGUGCCGUUGUGAGCGGCUCCGACGACUGCACGGUGCGUGUGUGGGAUGCGGGGAGCGGCGAGGCGCAGCUCACCGGUCAUUUUCACGGCCGUGCGGGAGUCUCGGCGCUGUGUCGCGUCGGCGUCACAAUGUGGUCGGGCGACAACGAGGGGCGAGUCAUUGCCUGGAAGCUGAGCACGUGUGAGGCA